GCAUUCGCUCCUCCGUCCCGUCUACUGCACCUCUCACACGCUCUGUCGCACGCCGUCGCUCAGUUGCAGCCUUGUGGUUCAACGUCCUUUGACGCUCCAUCAACGCCGAUUUGUCGACGAGUCCGCGUACGUGCCAGCGUCGUUGCUGCUCGCGCCUCACAUCAGCGCCGUGCUUCGACACCUCGUCCUUUCCUCGCCAUGUCGGCGCCAACUUCGCUGCUGUCGCUCCCUGUUGAGCUCCUCACCGAGGUUCUCCUGUACUGCGACACUCUUGUCCUCCGGAUCAUGAAGUACCUAGCUGCAAUCCGCACGACGAACACGAGCAAAGUGCAGCGUCGCCGUGUGCACUCUACAAUGGUCAUUCGCAGCGAAGGCGACGAGCCGAUCACGGUCGAGCAGUUCUGGAAAUGCUUCUCCUUCUUCGCCAAGCACGCUAACAAGAGCGCUCUCGAAACAUAUCAAGAUUUCCGCUUCAAGCUGGUGGGCUUGGAGCAUGAAAAGGUGGUGGCGGAUGGAAAGUAUGAGGCUUGGAUUCACCCCGACGGGGGCUCCGAUGACACGGACGCUAAUGGCUACACAGCGGGCUUCUUUGGCUACGAGUGGUGAUCUGCCCGACUGCCCUCACUUCCCGAGCUCUCGCAUCAUGUCUCA